AUGAGCGAUAAUGACGAGUUAGCAAAGAAUAUAGAGAAGGGAAUUUUUGAUGGGUAUAAUGCGAGCGCUUCAACUAGCAGCCGACCAGUAAAGAAAAAUGCCACUGUUGACGGGUUCGACCAGGAUGAGGUGAUAAUGUCAGAUACGAUGAUCAUUGGGGAUGUGGAAUUGGAAGCCAUAAAGUUCGCUACUUUACGUGAGAAAGCCGCAAUAGGUGAUACACUCGGCCUAGGAUACAGCAAUGGCAACCCGGAAUUCAUUUCUGUUACCCAGGCAUUGGUCGAUGCGAAAGCUAUCCAACCCCCUGCUUUCAGCAUGUGGAUGGAGGAGAACCAUGAUCAGACCAAUGUACCUGGUGCUAUCUUUUUCGGUGGCGUGAACAAGGCUAAGUAUGUCGAUAAGCUCCAUACGUUGCCGGUCAUAUCACCUCCAGACCUCAACAAGCUAUUCCGUGUCAAUCUUUCCCGACUAUCCGUGGGGACAGACUCCACCACGAAGUCCAUAUCACCGGAUUCAUUUUCCACGGGGGCUGUCUUUUCUUCCGCCACUGACUUCAUCGGUUUCCCGGAAGCGAUCACGCAAGACCUGUUUUCCCAGCUUAACGUCACAGGGUUUUAUGAAAAUGGCCAGCCGAUGUUCCUUGUGACAAGCCACCCGAGAACAAAUUGUAAGGAGCUUGGCGGUGUCAUAAUUGGAGCCAAUCUCCUCAAGCUGGUAUACACAGUCUUUGACAUGGGGAAUGACGAAGUCUCUCUGGCCCAAAGACGCUGGGAGAACGCGCCUGAUGGGAACAUAGAGAUCAAAUCAGGGAAGGAUGGCGUCCCAGAUCGCACAACACAAGAGACAGACAUGGCGGACACGGCAGACAAGCCCGAAAAGAUAUACGAGUCUACAGGAUCGAAUCUAGAAUCAAGCAAUGGGAUGAAAGCCGUUAUAGCGGCGGGAGCCGUCUUGUUUGUUGCCAUGAUAUGGGGUUGA